UGUGUCGGGCUGCGUCGGGACCACAUGUUCUCUCGGCCGACGCUCGCGAAGGACACGGAGGAGGGGAAAGAAGACGCGUGCAACAACUGCGAUCGGCUGACCGCCCGCCUCUGCCCCCUCAGGAGUAAUCCGCCGAGACGCAGCCUAGUCUUGACAAAUGCAUUUCGUAAAUCCGAUGCAGACAUUCGGCCGUGCAAUUCCUCCCCCGCAAACGUGCUACGCAUACGAAUCCGAGCAUAAACUCGCGAUUUUUACCGAUGUAUCAAUGUAAGCCCAAGCCAGUUCAGCGCAGGGGUGUUAAUAAUAGCCGGGUGUUUAUUCAGGGCAGAGAGGAUGGACAGAGAGAUCCCAGGACGCGGAUCAAGGCGCAUGCACACUGAUCAGCCCACGUCCUGCGACUGCAACUAGCGCAGGACGCGGCCUUAUCGCAGCGGACGCUGAGGCCGUCCGGCGAUUUCAGUUCUGUUCUGGCGACGCCCGACUCGACAGGGAGAGCGAGUCGCCUGUGCGGGAAGGACAGUCGGAAAACAGUGGCGUCGACACCCUUCCUAGAAAUGCUUCUAUCGGAAUUAUGAUCUAAAAAAGAAAAAGAAAAAAAAAAAAUCAACACGUGCAAGUGACACACCCGUGCCCCCGACGAGAACCGUUCCCCCUAGCGCCCCAUCGGCAGCGACGACGGCUCGAAGAUGGACCAACUGGAGGUGAUGCCCGUGAGUUCGAGGGUCGUCUGCCUCAACGCCCCUCACCUCAAGUCCCUGUGCGUGUUCGAGGCUCUGUCACGCACCCUCGGCUGCUACUACAACCACCACCGCCUCCAGGUCGUCUCCUGCCAGGCCACAGUACGACUUCCUGCCCCGCGAGUCGUGAGGAUACGCGGCCACGCGACCCACACGCACCGGCGACACACCCACCCUCCGCACGCCGAUACAGAUGGGGACGUACUUGGUGUUCCACCUAGGGGACUGGUCACAGGUCAAGAAGUGCCACCUUGUGCUCAAUGGCAUCGAGCAAGUGCCCAGGAGUGCCGUGCCAGCCAAAGUAAACCUGCAACGCAUCCUGCACUCUCAGCCAUUACAGCAACCUGUUCCUCCCUUGGAAUCUACUCCACAGUCCCCAACACAUCUUUCUCCCUCUAUACCCCCUAUCACUCAAGAGGAACAACUAACAAACGGAAGUGCCCUCAAAAAGACCACAUCCUUAAGUCCCAGAGCCAACACGUCACAUCCAGCGAAGCCACCACCACCUGUCCCGCCAAAGCCUAAAAUAUCGCGGGGGACUAAAUCGUAUAGCCUGGACAGUCACAGCCAACUGCUCACAAACACAGACCAAUCCCUACAAAAUAUAAAAAGUAGUCUUCCACUGACUGAACAAAAGCCACAACAAAAACUUGAUGUGUGUGAAGAAAAACCAAAGAGUCCCGUUAACCAAAUACCUUUACAUAUGAACCGGGCGGAGGACAUAACAACACUCUUAGAUGAUGAUGAUGAUGAGUGCGCAUCUGAUGCUUCUGAUGACCUUCAUAAGGUAGUACGCAAAAGAUUAUCAGCAGACAUAACAGUCUUACUGGACCCACCGCCUGAGAAUAAUGUGCUGGUUCUACUCCUAAAACCAGCUGAAGAAACACAAGCAUGGCAGUUCUUAUCAGCCUGUAUGCAGGUCACUCAGUGCGGGAAUAAACCCCUAGUGAUGGAAGGCACCGGAUCCAUGAAAAAGGCUCUUACUCGAACCAAACCCCUCUACUUUUCCAAGAAUGGAAACGUGCAAAGAAUAUAGUUUAAUCUGACUUAAUUCUCUUCAUACUGAAUAUCCUUUAUCAUCUAACUCUUUAAAUCCCUGAAAAUUAAGUUCACACAUGAACUUUAUUUAUGCUGAACUAAAGAAAUAAACGACAGUAAAAUUCCGAAAAUAUCACAAUUCUGACAUACUCAUUUCAAUAUGCUGUUUUGUAUGCAAAAUGGAUACGAAACCAAUAAUAUAGUGUAAUGGACCACCAUGCUGGAGAAAGAUAACACCAUAUUGCUGAACAUCCAAAAUUCAAUCCAAUUAAUAAAGCAACGCUACCUCACUAUAAGCACGGUGAAGGGUAUACAUAACAAAACAUCAGGAUUUCAAAGACAAUGCCACACAUGUGGUCUUUUUGCUCAAAAAUAGGUUGUGCAGAUCUUCAUGCUGAUUUGAAACUGAACUGCUUAUUCAUAUUCUUCUAAAAUGUCCAUACUUUGAGAUGGUUGGUUAAUCAUAUACCAAACUUUAUGUAAUAUAUGUGAAAUUAUUGUACUAUGCCACUAUAACUCUCAUCACACUAUUUUUCAUUAGUCCUUCAUUGUAAAUUUGGUUAUAACUUUCCUGAAUUCUAAUUAUUGAUUACCUAUUCAGUUAUACUGCAGUUCAUAUCUAAGAAAAUAAUGUCAAGGUCUACUAUGAAACUCUUACUUUGCAAGUAACACAA